AUGUGGGGCAGUGACGGCGCUGUUGCGGCGGAAGUGAAGGGGGUUGCCUCCUACACCUUUAAAGGCCGUGUAAUGGUGGCUGAUAACAUCUCCAGCAUUAUGUGGAAAUUGUUCGGUGGACAUGUGAUUUGGCGGAUACGCUCUUCGGUCACCCAUUCCAGCCGGCGGGUAAUACUUGGCAAGACUCUGCAAGCGGUAUCCCUCUGCGCUCCCCUUGGUCAACCUCCCACAUUGAUCACCGCAAUGUUGUCAAUGCUUAAAAAAAGGUCCGCCAGCCAGCCGUGCCAAUCGUCAUUGACUUCUCUUACCGAUUCCACUGGGUCUGAACUUCCAGCCUUCAUGGGAGCUGGAUUCGGGAGAAGGAUGUAA